AUACAGCAUAAGUCUUCACAAUAAUUAGCAAGGAACAAGGAUUUCGACCAAUAGCGUUACGUCGUGCCAAUGUUUGAAAUGUUAGACAGGACAGGCGGUUGAAUAGAAACACCGUUGUUUACAACAAUUUCAUCAUAAAGGCUCUGCUUGGGCAACGGCGAAGAAUGUCCGCCACACAAGGAUCACCUAUUAAAGGAGUCGGUGCACCUGUGAGGACACCCCUCCGAGAUGUACAGAAUGAACUUGCCCCCAGGCAACAGACCCACAAGUUCAAAUCAGUCAUGUCUGAAAGCACCACACCUGGAAAAAAGGGUCACAUCACAAGUUGCCACACAGCGCCACGAUAUAUUGAGGAUCAUGUUGAUGAGAUGCAGAAGACCCGUUGUGAGUCUACCUAUGAAACUUCAAAUACGGACUCUUCUAGUGGCUCUCCAGACGACCCGGGAGACAUAACAUACAAGUCGUUUGUGUGUUUAGGAGGAGAAAUCCAGCUCUCUGAUACAUUAAAUGCAGCAGAUGUCACUCAGGGCAUUCCACUGGACAGCAACAGUCAUUCCACAUGUGUUGACGGUGAACUUGCAGAGGGAAGUUUUCAGAGCUUUCAUGAUGGCGAGCCCCAUUUUGAUCAUCCAUACUAUCAGGCAGAGAGAGGCAUGAUUUCAUCCAGCGAUGUCUCUGCUGUCACUCCGAAUGUCACAGACAUGUCUGCUUUUCCAGACAACCUGUCUGCAUCACAUCUUCCUGUUCCACACCAGAGUACCACAGACAUUGGUGACAUUACAUUCAAGUCGUAUGACUGUUCUGGAGUGCAGAUUGAGGUGUUGGGUACCCCUGACAAAACCUCUGAGCUUUCAGCUUUUUUCAAGAAUUUAUCAGUGCAGGACUGUCAAGCUCUUUCACAGAGCACUGUCAGUUUUGAUGGAAGUGAAGAGGUGUUGCUUAGAAGCAUCCAGCAUGCAGAUCAUCCAUAUUGCAAUGCGGAAAAGAACACGAUUAGGGAGCCUGCUGAGAUGUCUCAUGAUGUAGACCAAGCAUUGGAAGAAGACCUUGUUUUUCAGAUGCAUUCCCAAAGCCAUGUAGAGAGCUUGCUUCAAGUUGAAGAGGCAAAUACCGAUGCAGGUUCAAGUAAUGGACAGAUUGAAGACAUUACAUUCAAAUCCUUUAUCUGUAUGGGAGGGGAGGUUGAGGUUUUGGAAGAUGCCUCCAUACUAUCAGAAAAAUCUGCUGUCAUCAUGGAGGAAAAGAUACAGGAAAACAGUCAACUAUCUGUCAAUGUCACCAUACAUGAAGAGGAGACCAGUGCUGCUGUGCUACCUGGAGAAGGCCAUGUUGAUCAUCCAUACUCUGAAAUCCAGAGGCCUUUUGCUAGUGAUGUCACCGUCACUAACACAUCGUCGGAGAUCCUUGUCGGUUCAGAGAGGAGAGUGGAUGAAGACAGCAGUGGCGCUCAGUUCAAUUGUACGAAUGACAAAAUGACUUCGGUGCACGGAGAGGACAGUGCAGUGCUUUCAUAUGACCGAGACUCCAGUAGCUGCACUGAUGAUGUAUGCACAAAGGGUUCUACACCUGUCCCUGAAGACAAUGUGAUGACGGCAUCGUCUGCAGGCUCCCAGCAUGUACCACCAGAGAGGAGCAGCGGUGGCCUGGACAGCGCUCUGGGCUCGUCUGAAAACCCCCUUCAGACAUCUGAGAGCGAACCAGAGGAGAUGCGGCGGGACAGCCCACAGCCUGUGCUGGGGGAGCUUCCGUUUGUCCACUCCCAGCAGCUCUCCGCCCCCUCCACCCCGAAAGUCUCCUUCUUAUGCAGGAGCAUCCUGCUGGACCCUCAAGCCGACGAGCAGGACAGCCGCCUCUGGGCCGGCGCUCUGGACAGCCCCCUGCCGCCUCCGCAGCUCAACUCCACCGCCCUGCCCUCCAGCCUCACCUGCAUGUCCGUUCCUCCGUCUCCCCCUGGCCAGGCCCUGCCUGCGACUCCAGAGGCACCCGUGGCUGCAGUGGUGCGCACAGCUCCUCAUCUGGACCCAGCGGCCGCCCAGGCAGCCCUGCUCGGGUACGGCCCACUGCAGGAGCAGCUGAGGCAGAUGGCGGAGCUGCUCAUCGCGGCAUCGGGGAACAUGGCCCCUCGGCCUGCGGUGGUGGAGUACCAGCAUGCCGUGGCGGCCACCACGCCGGUCAAGCAGCAGAGUGUGUCAGUGUGUACGUCGCCAAUGCAGUGUAUGGAGCGCAGCAUGAACACGUCGGUCCAGCCGGUGGUGGAGGUGCUUGUGUCAGAUGCCAGUACCACCACAGACUCCUUGCUAUGGAGUUUGUCCACUCUGAGCUCUGGCGGUUUGGAGGCUCUCCCGAGAGCUGAGUUGGAGCAGAGGCUGACCUCCUACGUCAUCAUGUCAGAGGCUCUGCUGCAGCAGCUGGCCUCUGCCCGGGCCCAGGCCCCCAACUCCGGCCCACCACCCUCCGACAUGCGCAACCAACUCAUCCAGACAGACCACACUGAGCUCAGCCAGAUGGAAACCUAUAAAGACCUGUAUGUUAUCGCCUUGGACAAGAUUAAGAGUCUUCAGCAGGAUCUACAGGAUCUUCAGAACUUGCGGCACAACAUGCAAGCCAUGUUAUCCAACAUGACGGCCGUGAAGACAGAUGCUGAGGACACUUUGGCCUCCAUGAAGGAAAUUGGUGAUCUUGUCACUGCAGAUCAGAAGGACAUGUCGAGACAGGUGUCUCAGAUGAGGUCCCUCUAUGGGAAGUGUCGGGAGACCCUGAGGAAGAUGCAGCAGAAGACCAGAGACUGCCUUCAGCAGAGGGAUGACAUGAGACAGAACAUGGAGGAGGCCCUGCAGGACAAACAGGCGGCCUUCAGUGUGGUGGAGCAGCUGCGGGCUCACUGUGCGUCUCAGCUGGCCGAACUGGAGGAGAGUGUGGGCUCGCACCAGCAGCUCCUGGAGGCCCUCAGACGCUCCUGCCCCCUGCAGGCUUCAUUUAACAACGCUUACGUGGAGACUCUCAGUGAGGCCAAGGAGCUUUUGAAGGUCAAGUUGGAGGACCAUGCCAGUUUGCAGGAGGAGCUGGGGCGGGCGCGGUCCCUCCUGCAGAGGACCAGGCCAGUGCUGCAGCAGCUGCACCAGAGGGCCUCCGCCGCGCAGGAGCAGAGCGAGCGUGACCGGGCCGAGAGGGAGCAGGCCCUAGAGGACAGAGCCCAGAUCCAACAGGAACUGGAGCAAGAACAAGCAAGUCUUCAGGAUGCAGAGCAACAGAUUGUAGAUUUAAACACUCAGUUGACUAUCUUGAAUGCAGAGAUGGGGGUUCUGCGGCAGCAGAUUGCGGAGGUGGAGGAGGAGCGCGACCAGUUGCAGCGGCGCAGCACGGAGCUCUCGGCCACAGUCACCUCCACCCUAGCUUCCUACGCCUUCCUGGAGCAGGCCCUGGGCAGCGAGACCCAGAAAAUGCAGCAGUCUAACCACGAAGCCCAGGAAGCCAGAGAAAAAGCCAGUGGUCUAGAGCAGGCUCUGGAGGCAUCCCAGCGGCAGGUGCUGGAGCUGACCGAGGCCCUGGCCCAGAGGGACGGCCUGGUGAGUGAGCUCUGUGCCCAGGCCGAGAGCCACACUACCCAGCUGCGCCGGCUGCACAAGCUCGAAGCCGAACUGUCCAGCUCCAAGGAGAUGAACGAGUUCCUGCAGAUGGAGAACGAGUUGACGCGGGAGCAGAUGUCAGAGAGUGAGGGGAUGCUGCGCACCCACCUGCAGGGCCUCAGGGAGAGGAACCUGGAGUGUGAGGAUCUCAAGCUGGCCCUCUCCCAGCUCAGGCAGGAGCGGGACGCUCUGCAGGAGGAGCUGUCCAGCAGCACCACCCGAGCCCAGGCCAUGCUGCUGGAGCAGGGGGAGCAGCUGACCAUGGCCACCAACCACGUCACCAUGCUGCAGCAUCAGGUGCUAUGCUUCAACAGCACCCUGGAGCUCGCCCUCUCCGCCACGGCAUCAGAACCCUCUAUGGAGGACGAGGCUCCAGAGCAGCCAGCCUCAUUUGUGGACUCCAUCAUGAAGGCCAUGACCCAUGAGGAGGACGAGGAACAGGAGCAGGCUAACAAGACGUCUGAGGACACAGAAGUGGAGGAUGGCCAUGCUGAUGGAUUGAGCAGUACACACAGUGCCUUCUCCCGUGUGCCGGCUACUACGCCCAGAAAACGCCAAGAUCAGGAGAGCUCUGUUGUGCAGGCGGUGACCAAGCUGUCUGAGAUGUUCACUAAGCUCACCACCACCCUCCAGCAGUUCCAGCAGCACCAGGACACAGAGCAGGAGCAGCUCCAUAGAGCCAAGGAGGAGCUGCAGGAGGAGCUGCGCGAGGAGGCCCACAGGCACCAGCAGGAGGAGCAAGAGCUGCGGGAGCAGCUGCAGCGGCUGCAGGCCCAGCUGGAGAAGGACGCCACCGCCCUGCAGCAGAAGGCCCAGGAUGAGAAGACACUGAACAAGUUGUGCGGUGAGAUGGACAAGAACCUGGAGCAGGCCCAGAAACACAGAGCAGAGAACAUCGAGUUGCGGAGGGAAGGGGCGGAGUUGCGGCGGGCGCUGCAUCAGUCUCAAGUGGAGGCUCACGUUCUGAAGGAAGAGCUGAACCGAGCCAUUGGCCAAUCGGCUUCAAGCACCAAGGCCAUGGAUGAGAGGAUCCGCCUUCUUAAAAAGGUGGAGAAGCUGAAGCAGAGUUUGGCUGAGGUGGAGGAGUCCAGGUCCAAGCUUAUGGAGAGAGCAAAGAGACAUCAAACGGUCCACAUGAUGAACCAGAACAAGCUGGAGCGAGAGCUGCAUCUCCUGGACGACAUGAUCGAGACCGUCAGGAAGACUUUGUCCUCUGUGCCGCAUGUGGUGAAGAGCUGUGCGGAACUGCAGAAACUGUUGGAGUUUCUUGGAUGAAGAUGUACAUAAUAGGGUCAUUUUUUUGAUAGUGUUAACAUUUUUUACAUAAAUAUUAGAGAAAUAAAUAAAGUUGUUCUA